AUGCGGAGGGGAUACAACAAUGGGGAAGCGCUGGAGGGAACAGGCGGUAGAGAGUGGCCAUGGCGUGGGCAGGGCCGUCAGCUGCCGAAAGGGGGGGGGCCUAUGCCCUACAACACUGGACAUGUUGGAUACAUGGCCGGAGUUGGGAUGCCGAACAUGGCACAGCGAGGUGGCUCACCUCUCUCUUUUGUCAAGUCUCUGCUCGAACCCUGCUUCGAAGAAAUGACCAAACCGGGGGAUUCGAGAGGAUAUCACAGCAUGGGCCCUGUGAACCACAUCGAUGAAGUUGCUGUGAUGACCAAAUUGUCGUCCAUCGCAGAGGCAUUGGAAUCAUUCGCAAAGUGGAGUCAAGCUGAAAUUAUUGUCCCGAUCCGAAGAUAUUUGCUACAUUGCAAGGAAGCAGCUGAUAGAGUGUCAAGAUUGCAAGACAACAAGCAGGCGUUGACAUCGAAAAAGUUUUUGGAGCAUCUUGAAUCUAUUGCAAGGGAAGACGGAGUAUCGUUUUUCCAGCUAGAAGAGGAAGGCAGCACUGUGGACCCGACUCAGCCUACGCACUGCUUGUCAGGCCAAACUUACGUUCUGGAUUUCCAUGUCGAUCAGUCAGCCAAGGUUACUUGGGCCAAGCUGCAAAGAAUCUUGAGUACAGGAGAUACAGUUCCAAACGAAGCCGAAUCAGUACAAAGACAGUGGAUUGAGAUGAAUGAGGAUAUUGCAGCAGGAAUGAUGUCAAUGGAUUUGGAGGCAUCGUUGCGAGACAAAUUCAAGUCGCUACAAAAGACAGAAGAGUCUCAUGGGCGCUCUCCCAACGCUGGAGUAUACGAUGCAUUGAGAAAGUUGGAAAUCGAAGUUGAGAAGGAAGUUUCUGCACAAUUACACCAACCAAAAGCGGAAAACACAGAGCCGAUGGAAGAGACUCUGGACCACUUGAGCGGCUACGGGGUGGUGAAGAGGUUGGUUGAGGGACUGCAGUUUGAGUUCUAUCAGCCUAGCGGGUUCUCCUCAGACCUCACGACGAAUCGGGCCAUCCUGGAGUUGAAGGGGGUGAUCCAGGGACAGGGAAGCAAGUCGUCUGUACAACCAGCCAUGUGCCUGAAGCUGAAUCCGCCGGUACACAUCUGCAUCGCAACAGCUGCGAAGCUUGAGGCUUCGGAGAGAGCUCUGCGGAAGGCAAAAGAUCAAACACAAAGGGAAACUACCGAGGAUCAGGGGAAGGAGGGUCAGAAGGAAAGCAAGGAGGGGGGUAAAGAGGAAUCGCAGCAGAGAGCAGAUUCUAUAUCUUCUCCCUUGGGCGACAUUCCUCUUGCGGGUGCGAGCCAUGCCGUGCGAUGGCAGUCGUUGGUCUUGCCUGCCGACUUCAAGUACACAAGCAACCCAAGUAAUUCCAUGCCCUUCCCGUCCUCGUCUCCUCACCCUCACCUAGUCUCCGGCAUUGAAAUUCACUCGAUCCCGGUGGAGACUGCGCCGCAGAUCCUACAAGUCCUGCAAGACCUCCGACAGACCCUCGUCUUGAACGAGCUGUUGGUCAGCUGCUUCCAGGAGGUCGAGAGGAUCGAAGAGGAUGCAGAGGAGGACGAAGAGAAUCAGUGCGUCAACAGCGCUGCCGACGGGGCAGAGCAGAGCGAGCAGCAGGAUGCGGAGAUGAAGGAAGCGCGACAGAACAAGCUGGAUCAGCUCGUGGAGAUCACCGUCUUGCCACCGAGCACGAUCUUCCUUCAUCUGAGCCCGGAGGCCAGCGAGGAUUGUUUGAUGCUCCUGUGCAUCGAGAUCCGAGUCAGCGCGGGUGGAGAGAUCACGGUCAAGAUGCAUCCUCCACCGGGACUGCCGGCGACUUGUACAGAUGCCUAUGCAACGGAAAUCCUGAGGACCUGCCGCAACAUUCCCUUGGCUCUCUCCUACAUCCUGGGAUGA